CUCUCGUACCAAAAAAAAAAAAAAUCGUGCUCGGCACACGCAGGCGGCUCUCAGCGACGGAGGGGCAGACGCCAGACGGGCAGUCCCAGGUUCGGCGUCGUCGUCAGCGGCUCCCCCUCCUGCCAGUCGCCUCGCGCCUUCGCCUCCGGUCCUCCGCACACCUGCUGGCUGCCGGCGACUCUGCGUGCGCGCCUCCCGCUUCCCUUCCGCCUCCGCUGGACCGUCGACUGCGCCCUGCGCCAGCGGCCGCUGCUCCACCAAGGCGGUCGCGCCGCUUUGGGAACGCUUAUGCCCCAAACUGAAGCGUUACCCGCUUAGCGCUGAAGCGUGCGCUUAGUGCAGCCUUUUGGAACCCUGGAUCUGCCAGUACCUGUACUGGGUCCGCUCUUGCGCGAACCCUACUGUUUGGCUAUUCGUAUCCAGAAUUCCAGAUCUGAUAUAAUUACUACGCUCGCUACAUCAACAUGAGGCUCAAUAAGGUGGAAGUGAACCUUAUAAGGCUGUUGGAGGCUGCUCCACGGCAGCAAAAUCAGGCUAAACUUGUCUAUUAUGUAACCACAGCGCGGGAGCUGUUGGAGCAGCUAGGAGCUGAGACAACACCAGAAGGGAUAUCAAGCAUUUCAAAAGCUAAGCUUUCUGAGUAUUCAGAAAAGAUUGAAGCACUUGCUUCCAGGCUUGCUGCUUCAGUGCCUGAAAAUGAAAAGCCGAUUAUUGAAAGCAAAGAUGAAAUCUCUUAUGAAGAAGCAAAGCCAGAAAGUCCAAUAUCUUUAUCAUCAGGACUGCGAAGGAGAUCAACAGCCCAUGCUGUGGUUGGAACAAGCCAUCAGGAAAAUAAAGAAGAUAUCGGAGCACCGAUAAAAUUGGAUGCAGAAGCUCAGGCUCACAUUGAGAAGCAUAGGAAGCUCCAAGAAGAUUUGACUGAUGAAAUGGUCGAGUUAGCACGUCAACUGAAGGAAAGUAGCCUAAUGAUGAACCAAUCCGUGCAGGAGACAGAGAAGAUCCUUGAUUCUACCGAGAGGGCCGUGGAGCACAGCCUGGCAAGCACAGGCCACGCAACCUCGCGAGCUGCGGAGGUCUACUCGCUGGCUUCCAAGACUACGUGCUUCCAGUGGCUGCUAAUGUUUGUGAUGACCUGCAUGUUUGUAAUGGUGGUUCUGCUGAUAAGGAUCACUUGAAUGAUGAGGCUGUAGCAGGCACUCAAAUCGUAGUCACCCUUGUCUUUGUUUCAUG